AUGUAUAAUAAAUAUAUUGUUUGUGUUAUCGUUUUCUUUUAUUUGUCUAAAAAUAUACAACAUAUUCUUUCGAUUGAUGAUCUGGAUGAAGCUACUUUUGUUAAUACAAACUUGUUUAAUAUUUUGCCUGCCACUGCUACAGUAUGGCUUAAUGCUAAAUCAUUGGACACUUUGAUGUUGGAGUACGGAUGGUUGAACGGAACAACAAGAGGACAGCCAUUUUACCAAACUUUUCCAGAGCGUUGUCUAAAGUACUGUGGUGAUUUCAAGGGUAACACUAGUCCUCUCGCUCCUUAUCUGGCAGUCACCGCCAAUGGAGGAGCAAAGCCACACUGGAGAUCAGCAACGGCAAUCGAUAAAUUCUAUCUCAUCAUUGAAUUUGAAGAUCCCGACUAUGUUAAAAUCCAGCAAGAAGAGAUUGGCACUACAUUUUUUACUAUCCAAUACCCUGGAAGUCCAGGUGCUCUAUUCAUAUAUGCAGAUGGCAAGCGAUGCUACGAUCAAAUGGUUGGAUCACCAUUACGUACCUGUAAACUCGCAAAUACAGACACCAUCACAGCGAUGUCAUUCGACUUUAUCUUUACGGAGGGAGGUGUCAAUCGUACAUUUAAAUAUUUCUACAACAAUCCAAAUAUUCAGGCUUUAAGACCCGGUAUAUUUGGAACAACCACUUCUCUCACCGUUGUUGGUAGCUACUUUUCAGUUAUGGAUGCAAAUAGAUGCUCUUUCUAUAUAAAUGGAACUUUGGCAGCUUACAAUUCAAUGCAAACACAAACACAAAUCAACUCAAUGGUUUUUACACAAACUACUGAAAUGGCUUACGUACUACCAUUUAUUGUCACAUGCCCUACAUUGAAUAUCGAAUAUACCAUCUAUAGAUCUGCCUUAUUAGAUCCAUCGUCGACUCUCCACUAUGCAUACCUACCUUUUUCAGUGUCCUGGGACAAUGCUCUCAAUCUAAUCAACAAAUACACACUCUUUGCCGAGAAUCCUUAUUUUGCUCUCAUCAACGGUAGUGCAGUCAAUAGUUUUGUUAAAAACUAUAUCACAGGUACCCCCAAUUACGUUGUUUGGUCUGGUGUUUCUUUUGUAAACAAUGUGGCAACCUACAACCAACUUAAAUUCCAGACACAAUAUCCAGUUAAUCAAUUGACAACAGUUGAUACCAAUUAUUUCUUUAAUGGAACUGCUUUGGCAACAUUUGGAGCACCAACAUCGAUUGAUCAAUAUCCAUUGCUUUUAGUAUUCGGUGUUGCCAAUCCAAUUAUCGAUGCAAGUGCUACUAUCCCUGCACCGAUUGUAGGAGGACCAACUACCCUUAAAUUGCUCAGAAACUAUGGUUGGAAAGACUCAAGAGUAUCAGUUGUUACAGUUCAACCUGUUCCAAUGACUUAUACUGGAACUCUCAACUUUACUGCAGCAACCAUUACAUUCAAUGCUCCGUCUGGAAACUUAUCUAUCCCAUCCAGAAUUUAUUUAGAAAAGUUAGGUUAUAGAUCAUCCUUUGACUAUAAUAUCACUUAUUCAAGUCCUCUUAUUUCAAGUAUUGUUAUUAUAACCCCAUCUAGAACUAUCAACCUUUCGGGCUCUGGUUUAAUUGGAAAUAUAACUACAUAUCCUUUCCCAAGUAACUGCACAGUUUCCUCUUCAAACGUACAAUGUAUCUAUGGUAUCAAUGUUCUUCCGAUUUAUUACCCUAUUUUCUACUUAGUUUCUGACGUGACAGGACAAUCGAAUACCAAAAGUGUAGAUCUCACAACUUUCUAUAUAUCAUCGAUAUCUCCGUCCGUGCUACCUAGAGAUGGAGGUAUUAUUACAGUUAGUGGAUAUGGGUUCAAUUUCAUCGACAAAACCACAGUGGUAUCAUUUUCAAAUUCUGUAACCUGUACCAACAUAGCUAGAGGCCUAGAUGCCAAUACAACAUUCACAUGUACUGUUGGUGUUUCACGAAGCAAUGGAACCUAUCCAAUAGAAGCCAAAUCAAUUGGAGUCACUGCAACAGUACCUCCUGGUGUUAAUGUUACUUUCCAAGAUAUAGAACAAGAUGGUAGAUUUGUGACAAUUACAGGAAGGUCAUUCAGAUUAUAUAACCAAUUACCUGGAUUUACAAUCAAAGUUGGUUCUGAAACUCCAUCAAUCUCAUGUCCUCCAACAACCCAAAUUUGUACUUUCACAUUAAGCACAUUAUCAACUAAUGGAGUAGUAUUUAUUGGAACGCCAGCAUUCAAUGUAUCAAUCAAUAGAAUUUGGAAUCCAGUAAUAUCAAUCACACCAUCUGAUAUUCUUGACCCAGAGGUAACAUCAACAAUCAAUGGAUUGUUAUUUGGUGAUCAGACUUUGGUUGCCAAACUCAAUGGUACCACAUAUCCAUUCACAAUCAUUGAUUCAAGCUCUGGAACUUUCAAACCACCUAAGCUUACAGGAAAAGUAACAUUCCAACUUGUUGGUCAAGGAUUUUCCAAUGUCAUUCAAAUGAAAUUCCCAUCGCCAUCCAUUGUAAACCUAGUUCUCGAUCAAAGUUCACUGACUUGUCAAAUCUAUGGAAAUUAUUUUGGAUCAUCCAACGAUUUAAUUAAUAUUCAAGGAAUCACAGCACAACCAAUCAAAGCAACAUCAUCAAACUAUACAAACAUUUCAUUCAAAGUUCCACUGAGUGCCAGAACUGGACCACUCAAUGUUUCAGUCAAUGGAGAUGUUUCUUUAUCAAAAUUCUUUAUGAUUGAACCAUCACCAACAACAUAUACACCACUCAGAUUCCUUGGAGGUAAAUUGACAAUCACAGGCCAAUUUUUAGCACCAAUCAACUUUGCCAAUGAAAAUAUUCUCAAUAUUUCAGUUGGAGGUGUUCCAUCGCAAAUCUCAUUGAUGGACAACAAUUUCGAUCCAUACCGAUUGAUUGUUGAUUCACCACCAGGAUACGGAACAUCGAAUUUCACAAUUCAACAAUACAAUGCUAAAAUAACCAGAGACUUAGUAUUUUCACCACCUUCAAUAACAUCAUGCUCAUCAACUGUUUAUUUAAAGCCAGAUACUGUGACGAUUGUUGGAGAUAAUUUCGGAAGUUUCAAUCUCAGUGUCACAAUUGGAAACCAGACUUGUGAAAAUCCAAUGAUCAACCUAAUUGGAUCACAAAUUACAUGUAAAUUCAGCUCAAAUAUCAGUUCGACCGAAUUACUUUCGGUUAGAGUGAAUGUUGCCAAUCAAUUCGAUGAGAAAAAUGCAUUCAUGUAUUUGAUUCCAAGUGAUUGCAACAAAUGUAGUUCAAAUGGAAAAUGUAAUAUUGCAACUGGAGUGUGUGAAUGCAAUGAAGGAUGGAUUGGAAUGGAUUGCAGCAAGAAAGUUUCAACAACACCAAUUCCUGUGAAUCCACCAGCAGUCGUUGACAACACUACAAAUGUCGAACUUGGAACAACAAAGAAAGAUAUCACAUUCAACGUCAAUAUCACGGAGAUUCGUGAAAUAACAGAUCUUGGAGAUACUGUGAAACAAUAUUUCAUCAAAGACAUCAAAUGGUUCGAUGUUCAACAAACCAACAAUUCAUACACAUAUUCUGGAAGAUUCAAGAACGAUGACAAACUCCAAGUCGAUAUCAUCAUGCAAAUGUUUGUCAAUGACACUGAAUACAAUUUUGCAGGUGAUAUCUUCAGUAUUCCAGCGAAUUCCGUCAAAUAUCAAGUUCAUCUUUACAAUUGGACAUUCAGUGAUAAACUUAAUUCACUCCAAGUAUUAUUCUUGACACAAGCACAACUUCAAGUUCAACAAGGAUGUCAAACACAACAAUCUGGAAUUGGUGACACAUCAUCCAACACAGAAUCAUCACUCAGAAUGAUGGAAAUCAAUCAAGGAAAUGGAAUUCUUCAAGCAUAUUAUUCUGAUCGAAUGGUUGUCGAUGGAAGAAUCCGUAACAGUAAAGUUUCGAUGAUCAAUUCGACCGAUGACUCUGUCAAACAAAUUAACUCGCUGUAUCCGAAUAACCUAAACAUCUUGACAGCAAUCACAAUUGAACAUUUUGACAACGAUGCAAUUGUUGAUCCAAAUUUCGGAUCACUUUUGAUUCAAGACGAUGACAACUCCGAAGAAUGUGGUUCCAAUGAUGACAAGAAAUGGAAACUUCCAGUGAUUAUCGUUUGCUCUGUCGUUGGUGGACUUGCAUGUAUUAUCACUGUUGGUAUUCUUUUCAAAAAGAAAUUCAGAUAUCAAUUUAAAAUAGCAUCCAUCAAAUUGAAUUCCAUGGGAGGAAAAUCAAGGAAAUAG